UUUCCACCAUGGGGGUGACUCCACGUUGUCAAAUCAAUGUCAAUACUGUGAACGGCUUAGAUUUAUUGCCGACACUGGGGGAGUCAAUCAGGACAGAGCAAGAUCCUACAGUACAGUACUUGCUGUUACAUCCAAUGAUUCAUUCUAUCAAGUUGAGGACACUGGACCACUCGACUUGAACACUGCUUCCUCACAACCUGUUUUCUUACGUCCGUGAAUACUUGCAGCUACCAUGGGAUCAAUUCCAGAAACACUCAGUCCCCGACCGACGGUCAAAUUGCCCCAAGGGACGGUCGUCGGCGUGACCAAGACCAAGAGCGAGGGGCUCGAUAAACCGGUCCACGCAUUUCUAGGGAUCCCAUACGCCCUACCGCCAACGGGAGACCGGCGCUUCAGACCACCUGUGAAAAUCGACACGUCGUCUUCUCCUCCAGACACUGUCAUCGACGCAUCUCGCUAUGGACCUGCUGCUCCGGGGAAGCCACUUUUGCGAGGCGGGCCGCCCCUGCAGUACAGCGAGGACUGUCUGACGGUGAAUGUGUUUCGACAAGCAGAGACAGAGCAAAAAGGUCUUCUGCCGGUGGCAAUCUACGUGCAUGGCGGAGCGUUCAAUCGAGGCACAGCGUCGAUGCACGACACGGCGUCUAUGGUUUCGUGGUCGGAGCAGCCUUUUGUGGCGGUCUCGUUCAAUUACCGCGUGGGCGCGCUGGGAUUUCUUCCCUCAAGUCUGAGUGCCAAGGAAGGGGCACUCAAUAUUGGUCUCAAGGACCAGAAAUUGCUCUUUGAAUGGGUGCAGGAGAAUAUUGAGCUGUUUGGAGGGGACAAGAACAAUGUUACGCUUAUUGGGCUUUCUGCUGGGGCUCAUUCGAUAGGACACCAUAUGAUGAGACACAACAAUUCGAACCCCGGUCCAUUCCACCGGGCCAUCAUUGAAUCCGGGGCUCCGACAUCGAGAGCCGUGCGAGCAUAUGACUCGGAGCUGCACGAGCAGCAAUUCCGCGAGUUUCUGAGUGAAGCGGGCGUGCCGAGCGACCUGCCACAGGACCAGAUCUUCCCUUUCUUGCGGUCGCUGCCAUUGUCGGCCAUUACCAAGGCCCAAGAGACCGUGUUCGACAGGUACAACCCGUCACUGCGGUGGGCAUUCCAGCCCGUCAUUGACGGGGAGAUGAUCCUCCGGCGACCGAUCGACACCUGGCGGACGGGGAACUACUACAAGAUCCCGAUCAUGACAGGGUUCAACGGCAACGAAGGGUCACUGUAUGUGGACAAGAAAAUGUCCACCAACGAUCAAUUCGUCGAUUUCUUCCGCACACUCCUUCCCAGACUGUCGGACGAUGAUAUCGCCACCAUCGCCAACAAGCUGUAUCCUGACCCAGAGACUUCGGGAGACCUUACCUACAAGGAGACGAGACAAAGUGACGAGAUCGGUCCGCAGUACAAGCGUGUCGAGGCCGCGUAUGGCCAGUACGCCUAUGUCGCCCCGGUCCGGCAGACGGGCGAGUUUGCAUCGUCAUCGCAGACUGCUCCUGUCUUCUUGUACCAUUGGGCCUUGCCCACCACGGUCAUCGGCGGCGCUGCCCACGCGGACAACAUGCGCUAUGAGACGUUUACUCCGGCCGUGCGGUCGUUGUCUGAGACGCAAAAAGAAAUCUCGGGCACGCUGCACGCUUAUGUCACCAGUUUCAUUUGCAACAAGGGUGAUCCGAAUGCCAUCGCUGGCCGGUGGGCUAACAGGCCCCAAUGGCAACCUUAUAAAUCGGGCGAUCAGCCCAAAACCAUGAUCUUCGGCAAGGGGAUUGAGGAGCUUGUUGGUGGUCAAAACACUGGCAAGCCAGCUGAGUGUGUCUAUGACGAUUGGGCUGUCGAGCAGUGCCGGUUUUGGUGGAGUAAGGUCGAGUUGACUCAACAAUAGGUAAAUAAUGAUUGUACAGGCAUCUCUUAGGAUUGACAUGGCAAAUAAACAAGAACAGAGUUCUUACCUGCAUUACCUAUAUCCACGCAGCAUGGUCUGGAGAAUCCGUCCUCCCGGCUGCGCUCGAUGGUGCAAACAGAGACAUACUGCAUCAGCCCUGCUGAAUGACAGGAGCUGUCCAUUUUGAGUCUGUUGCCACAGAGUGUGUUUGACGAUAGCCCAAGAUCUUGCUCCCUAGUGUUUUCCGACCAUGUCAAAGUCUUGCACAA